AUGGGUCGCGGAGGUCAGGGAGUCGCUGCUGUGAACCGUCGAGCGGUCAGCGAGGCACCGGCUGCUGAUGCGAAGAGCAACAAAAACAAGAACAAGAUUGCUCGAGCUCCAUCGGCAAAGCCCCCCUUCACCCUGGGAGAUCUGCGCCGAGCCAUCCCCCCCCACUGUUUCCAGCGCUCCCUCCUGCGCUCCUCCGCCUACCUCCUUAUCGAUCUCGCCUUCGCCGCCUUAUUCCUCUACGCCACCACGCGCUUCGACGACAUCCACCAACUCGUAGAUCCGGCCGUUGAAUCGCGCCUCCCGGCGCAUCUCCAGCCGUACGUUCGGCCGGCGGUGUCGGUGAUCCUGUGGGGGCUGUACACGUGGCUGCAGGGGUGCGUGUGCACGGGCCUGUGGGUGAUCGCGCACGAGUGCGGCCAUGGCGCGUUUUCGGACUACGCGUUUGUGAAUGACACGGUCGGCAUGGUGGUGCACUCCUGGCUGCUCGUGCCUUACUUCUCCUGGAAAUACAGCCAUCGCCGUCACCACAGCAACACGGGCAGCCUGGAGAAUGACGAGGGGGCAGUCUCAGAGUACCUGCAGCACCCCUUGCAGGUGUUCGUGCUCUCCAUCUUCAUCACGCUCACUCCCUCUUGCCCCCAUUCCCUCUCCCCACGCCAGGUGUUUGUGCCUGCACGUAGGGAGCAGCUGGGGCCAGUGUCGGAGUACCUGCAGCACCCCUUUGGGCGCGUGCUCUCCAUCCUCGUGUUUGUGCCGGCGCGAAGGGAGCAGCUGGGGCCAGUGUCGGAGUACCUGCAGCACCCCUUUGGGCGCGAGCGUGUGAGCGUGCCUGUGUUUGUGCCGGCGAGAAGGGAGCAGCUGGGGCCAGUGUCAGAGUACCUGCAGCACCCUUUUGGGCGCGUGCUCUCCAUCUUCAUCACGCUCACCCUCGGCUGGCCGCUCUAUCUCGCCUUCAACGUGUCGGGCCACGAGUACAAGGGCGUGCAUGCCAACCACUUCAGCCCCUACUCGGGGAUUUUCUGCGAUCGGGAGCGGUUCUGGGUGGUUGUGAGCGAUCUGGGGCUGUUGGGAGUGCUCGGGUGCCUGUACUCCCUCGGCUCGGCCUAUGGCCUCGCGUGGGUGCUUAAGGUGUAUGUUUGCCCUCUCCUCAUAGUGAACAUGUUCCUGGUGCUCAUCACGCUGCUGCAGCACACGCACCCCGCCCUGCCACACUUCGACUCGACCGAGUGGGAGUGGCUGCGAGGGGCGCUCGCCACUGUCGACCGCGACUACGGCUACCUCAACAUCGUGCACCAUCACAUCGCGGACACCCACGUGGCGCAUCACAUAUUCUCCACCAUGCCGCACUACCAUGCGGAGGAGGCCACCCGAGCCAUCAAGCCAAUCCUAAAGGACUACUACCAGUUUGAUGGCACUCCCAUCGUGAAAGCCCUCUGGCGGGAGGUGUCACAGUGCGUCUGUGUGGCUCCUGACGCAGAUGGGCCCAAGGGCGUGUACUGCUCCCCUCCCUUCUCUCCCUCACUCCCCUCCCAUCACUCCCUGCACUCACCGCCCUUCUUCUUGCCCUUCUCUGCUUCCUUCUCCGCCUUAGGCUUCUCAUUCGCGAUCACAGCAGCAGCAGCGCUGAUCUCCUUGGCGUCCUUCCCCACCAACGGACCCUCACUCAUCUCUCGACCAGCCCGCUAA